CGGGCGAGGGUUUUGGGGGGGUGCGAAAUGGCGGGGCUUCCGGUGGAGCUGAUCACCGAGAUACUGGACCGGCUGCCGGUGAGGUCGCUGCUGCGUUUCCGGUGCGUGUCCAAGCGGUGGCGCGGCAUGAUAGACAGCCCCGGGUUCGUGAGGUCGCACCUCUGCCGCUCCGUCGAGUCCAGCACCAACCUCAGCCUCUUCCUCCGCCACUCCUCCAGCCUCUACUGGAUCGAUCUGGGGUCCCUGCGACGCGUGGAGGAGACGAACUACCCGCUCAUGUGCUACAGCGACCAGAUCAAGGUGCUCGGGUCCUGCAACGGCCUGCUCUGCAUCUCCAACGCCGCCGACGACGUCGUCAUAUGGAACCCCUCCACCCGGCGGCACAAGUUCCUGCCGUACUCGGCCGUCGAGGUGCGACGCGCGUCGGUCUUCUCCGUUUGCGUUUACGGGUUCGGGUACGACGAUAGGAGCGAUGACUACGUGCUGUUGAGGCUGGUCCAGCUCGUGACCGAGCCGAUCGAGUCCGAGGUUAGUAUCUACAGUUUGAAAGAUAACGCGUGGAGGCGGCUCCGCGACAUGCCGUACUCUCUGGUUUAUCCCCGCAAAAUGGGGGUUUUCGCGUGCGGCCGCCUGCAUUGGAUCAUGACCCGGGAGCUGGUGUCGGAUUCGGCAAACUUGCUGGUGGCUUUUGAUUUCUGUGUUGAGGAUUUUAAGGUGGUGGACCAGCCUGAGGUUAUAGAUAAUAAGCUUGACAUGGAUGUGGCCGUCCUGGGAGGGUGUCUUUGCCUUAGCAUCAAUGAUAGUCACAUGGGUGUCGAUGUGUGGAUCAUGAAAGAAUAUGGAUUGAAAGAAUCAUGGGCUAAGCUGUUCUCCAUACCUCAAUCUGAAGUCUCGAGGUCUCUUGGAUUUGUCCGGCCAUUGGCUUUCUCCCAUAAUGGUCGUCAAGUUUUGGUGAGACAGGACAGCAAGAAUCUGGUUUGGUAUGAUUUAGAGACUAAGUGUGUCAACAAGGUCGAUAUAAGCGGCAUGCCGAGUUCCUUUGAAGCAGAAAUUUGUUUCACAACCCUUGUUUCGGUCGAUGAUUAUGGAGGAGUCACCAAGAAGAAGCAGCAAGAAUUAGAAGAUAAGGAGAAUAGGAGCAAGAGGGAUGACUUCCUCUCAGUGGGUUUCAAGCUUGUUCUUUGAGCUAAUGGGGGCAUUGUUGUGCAACGGCGGUGCUGCAUACUACUCAGCGAAGGAAAUGCAAUAGGAGAAGUAGAGAUGUAUGCCUCAGUAUUUAGAUUCAUGGCUCAAAUUUCUACGAUAUGGACCGACGUAUCAUCGCGAAAGGUAUGGCGAAAAAAAAUGGAUGGAUAAAAAAUAACUAUCCGACCUGCGCAACUUAUUUCAGCCAGUAAGUAGGGAAUGCUUUUUUCUUUCCACGAAGAACAAACUGCUGAAAACUCCUGUCAACAGAAGUAACACAAAGAAGAACUAAUUAGCACAAGUAAGGAAACCUACUAUCUGACAUGCCUGCCGACAAGAACCAUACAACUUGAAAUUCAAGCUACGGAUUGCGAUAUUUCUUGAAUAUGGCAUAAUAAGUCUACCCCGUUGAUCUGCUCCUUCAAGUCCUUACCCGUGCUUCAAUUUGCCCAUGGCCAACAACACCUUGGUGAGAUUUUCGUCGAAGGAGGACAUGACAUCCGUCAAUUGAGUUCUCUUGGCACAAGACUCUUCUCGACCCUUUUCUCUGACAAUAGCAAUAGUGGUAACAUCUGAUUUCAACUUUCUCUCAACCGCUAGGUAUGCAUUACCAACUCUCUCAACCACACCCUCUACAACUUGAUCUAAUACCAUUUGUCACGGGCAGACAAUUUGAGAUCGUGAAUUGUGCGGCAGUCAGGCUCUGAAUGACUCGUUCACCCCUUACUAUAGUUGUCGAAGCUCGGCCUUCCCCUGAAAUUUUGCUCACUCGCUCACUUGGCCCAUCUCGAAUUGUACAGAGAAACUUUAGAGAGACGAGUGUUUAUACUUGAAGUGAUAGUUACCAUCUGAAAUUCGAACCAGCUAGCUUGCCUUUGACAUCAUUAUCGGACACCUCUGUGAAAAAUUGAUGUUCAAGAACCCUGCAAGGAUGUGAUACUGGAGGAGGAGAAUGUGACACUUGGAUUCUGCAACAUUCUCCCAAGAAUACUUGAAUGUCCUCAAUUGAAAAUUACAGUUGACUGCAGUAGUGGCAAGGUUUGGGGUUACAAACAUGCUUCAAAUGGAUGGAUUAUAGUUUCCUCCUGAAAGAAUUUUGGUAAAUACCGAUUGUCACAAGUUGAUGUAAAAUGGAUGAGCAGAGCCCUCUUCUAAAAAUGACGAUUUUGUGGAACCCGAGAGCGAUCACGAUCAGUGGAGGAAAGGUUCCAUUCAUGCUAAUAGCAUAUGCUUGCAGGCUUUUAUUGAUCAAAGUGCUAAAAUAAAAAUAAGCUGCUCUAAUGUUUGUCUUCCAAGAGGAAAAGGUGACUGGUAAGCUUUUUGGAGAGAAGCAUGGGUAACGAUAGCGUAUGAUACUGGUUCUAGCAGCUGAAGAAGCUUUGUAUUGAUUCUAGUAUCUUCUAUGAGACAUCAUUUGGUAUCUGGUCAGAGUUAUAGACCAAAUAAAAUUAGUGGGAGAGGGAGGAUUCCUACAUCUGGUUUGAAAAGUGACUGCUGAGUGUUGCCUUCUUGGUUUGUUAUGCUAGGAAGUUUGCUUUUGCUGCAGUUUAAUGGCAAUGUACCACACAUGAAGGUUGCUGUGGCCAUUUUUUCUGAUAGUGCCUGGAACACUAUUAGAACGGAGCAUCUAUCGUUGCCCGGCCAUGCUAAUCUAGUUCAAUCCAAAUCCAUGUGAAGCAUUGUUCUAUAACAAGCUCAGUUAAAAAUUCCAUACCCAAUGGGUUGAGUGCACUCCGAUUGCCUGAGAGUGAGGAAUGUCGUGCAAUGUUGUUGAUUAAUGGGAGGGUUUUUUUCUGACGAAUGGGGAGUCAGUUCUUCUCCAAGGAAACAGUCCCCUCAUAAAGCAUUGUUCUAUUACAAGUGUUAAACAGUACAUACCCAAUGGGUUGAAGGCAUUCUAAUUGCCCGAGAAUGAGGAAUGUUGUGCACUGUUGUUGAUUAAUGGGAGAGUUUCUUCUGACGAAUCGGGAGUCAGUUCUUCUCCAAGGAAAGUGUCCCCUUAUGAAUUCAACUUUUGAGGGAUCUUUCUUUUGCUGCCGAGUAAAGCAAGGAGCUUGUUUUGCCAGGUGAUGCUUCCGAGCCAUCAUCUUUUAAGCAAUCAUUAUAUCCCGGAAUAUUAGAGUUUCAUAUGGACGGAUUGAAGAUCGAAGGUAAAUAUUUUUUCUCCUUAAAUGUUGUCCCGUUUGAAUGGGGGCCUAAGCACCUCAUUUUACGCGAUCUGCGGUUUGGUUAUGUCGGCUUCUGAAAUGUUAAUAGUAUAGGCUGUUUUGUUGUUUGUGGAGUGUCGGAUUUCAUCCAAGCGUUUGGGGAAAGGAUCAUCAGGGGUCUUGCAUUGUAAUCACCCAAAGCGAAGUCGAAUCUGAUCUACUGCGGAGUGAAUGCACGUUGUAAUUUGAAUGUACUUCGAUACCAAGAGUUUCCGGCCUGUUGCACCCUGCUCCUGCACGAGAAUGUAUCUUGUUUGCUCUGUUUUAUUGUACGCAUACGCAGGAGCGCAUUGAAAUUGCAGUUCCUUGCGACUGAAUAGUAGGUGGGUAAGCACCAAAGGACUCGGUAGUUGACUCAUCAUCGUGACUUUCAGUACAGGUCGAAUUGCGUGGGACGGUCCUUUUUAAGUCGUCCAGGGUCCUACCAUUGUGUAUUCUUUUUCCAUGGAAAUCUGCUCCUGCGUGGUACACGUGGGGAGCACCACUUUGUCCGAUCCUGACCUGCCACCACCACCUUUGCAUUUUUCUCGGUCUUGAUUCCUCGGACCGAGACAUUAUCGAUGGUCAUGGAGGAGAUAUGAUUCGGUGGAAAAAAGGGGUCGCCAGCGAUUCGGCGUUGUCGGCACGGUUUCCAAGGGAAUCUCGACUUAGAAAUCCUCGUGGAUCACGGGGCCUCUUUUUGUCUGCACUUGGUGUUGACGAAGGAGGCUGCCAUCAGCUACAAGUCAAGGCAUAGGUUUCCAAGAUAAUCUUGACGUCAGAAAUCCUCGUGAAGCAUCUGAUGGGGGCCUUUGCCCUUGCUUCGGCGGGGCUUGCGUCGACCGACCACUGAAGAAAGAAGAGCUGGCGUAAGCUUAGUCAAGGCACACUCAUGUUGUUGGGUUGAGACCCUUUUUGAGCGGAGUCAACCGCGGAGCCGAUCCUAUUUUCACGUGCCAACCAAAAUUAAGGGAAGAAAAGAGAACGGUCUCAUCGUUUAUUUGGAGAGAAAAAAAUAAUUAAUGCACAGUGUAGUUAGAAAGAAAGAGAAAAAAGAAAUCAACGGGUCAACGUGAUCAUUUCCUUCUCGGUAUGAAUUUGUUGUUGGCCUUUGGUUCAAUUCAUUGGUCGGGUCCUUCUUGAAAACUGAAGUUGCUGGUGGGAUGGAAUGUAUCCGCUACUCCCUUAAACUGCUUUUAUCGGGCUAAUAGGCGAGAAGUAUGAUUAA